AUGUUUAUAGUUUAUGCAGCUGAAAUAGAGGGAGCGGAGUGUAAACAUUUCUAUGCUCUACUAAGUUUGGUCGAUAUUCGCCUCCCGCCAUAUGAUAAGAUAAAUCUUUAUCUCCUGCUGCAAGAAAUGAUGCCAGAAGAAUCAAAAAGGCAAAAUAUUCGAAAACUUCAGGAUAAUAUUGUCGAAAAAGAAAAUACAAAUCCAAGAGAAGAGUGUCAUAAAUAA